AAAGGGAAAAAGAAAGAUUUUUUUAUCAAGAGAAUGACAGUGACGGCGACGGCUGCGAUGGCUGAUUCAUGUUUUGGCGACGAUCAAGUGUGGCCACCGGGGUUUCGGUUUCACCCAACUGAUGAAGAGCUGGUUCUCUAUUAUUUAAAGAGGAAGAUCUGUAAAAGAAAGCUUAAACCUGAUAUCAUAAGGGAAAUUGAUGUUUACAAGUGUGAUCCUGAGGAGCUGCCUGCACAAUCGAUACUGAAUACUGGGGAUAGGCAGUGGUUCUUUUUCACUCCAAGAGACAGGAAAUACCCUAAUGGAGCAAGGUCAAACAGGGCAACCGAUUGUGGGUAUUGGAAGGCAACAGGAAAGGAUCGUACUGUUACCUCCAAUUCUCGGACAGUUGGAGUCAAGAAAACUUUAGUUUUCUACAGAGGGCGUGCACCUAAUGGUAAGCGAACUGAUUGGGUGAUGCAUGAAUAUACCCUUGAUGAAGAGGAACUCAAGAGAUUCGCAGGAUAA